GUUAUAGACUGGAAUAAGAGUUUGGCCACUUUUGACUUUCUUAUAUGGAGGAAUCAUUUGACUCAAUAUAAAAAUAAUUAAACUUUGUAUCCUUAUAAAUAAAGGUUUGCUGCUACAAAAAUUAUAAUAUCUCAAAAACCUCAUGGCCUCUUCACAUUUUCUAGAUAUCAGGAGCUGGAUCAAUAACCUCCCUCCCAUCACCCUAUGGACAACAAACACCGAGUCUCUAUGCAUUUGCUCCGGGGGAUCGACAAGCCCCUCCAUGAAUCUCCUAAUAACCAAAAUCCCCCGGAAUCAAAUCGUUCGUGUAAUUUUCUCAAUUUAUGUCGAAUUUCGAAUCCCAAUCUCCCUUUGGUCGUCCAACUCAUUCGACUUCAAAUCCGACGCCCGACAAAACCUAGACGAGAUUGGCAUUGAUUUGUUUCUCAAUUUGGUUAAUGGUGUCCUCAAGUACGAUGCUUGCAAGAAAGAGUCUUCACCGAGGUUUUCAAAACUCAAAGAAGAAGAGUUUGCCAACAUCUUCAAUUUAGCUUUUCUCACACUUAACUUCUUAGUUUGCAUCUACGAAGCUCCGCAGGACAUUCGCAGGGGGUGCCUUGAUGCUCUGAGGCUUCAAUUAAUGGCCCCGAGGGCACGGGAGGCAUCGAAACUGCUCAUGAAGGCUCUCGGGUCCAAUCUCGAGGAGAAAUGGAUGAGAACAUUGAACCUGGCCAUAACUAAUCAGAUGGUAGAGCUUAGAGACUCGAAGCACUCGUUCAAAACGCCUUCGCCGUUGUUUUCAUAUGCUUUGUCGACGAUUGGGCUAUGGAAGGUGCAAUGUUAUUGUCCCGUAAUAGCAAUGAAAAUGGAAAAUAUAAGCUCGAGAGUCGCAGACGAACGCUUGUCCUUCUCUCUCAAUAACCAACAGCUCGAGGCUGUGAUUCAGCUUGCCUACAGGGUCAACUACAGCAAAAAUUGGAUGGAUGUGCUUGUCACCAUAGACAAUAUAAGGUGUGAUGUGAAUCCACUGGUUCCUCAAACACUACUAAACGAAAGAGGCUAUGGCUGCGAAGAGAAACACUUCCCAUCUAGAAUAUCUCUACAACUAACUCCAACAUUACAAAACGAAAUACUCUCUGUAUCCGUAACAAAAUCAUCCGAAAAUCAAACACGAGAAGUGGAGAUUGAGAAAUCCCUCGAAGCCAGUUUUGACCCACCCAACUCAUAUAUGAGCAUCACAGCUUCAGCAUCCGAGUCUGUAACUAUCAGCAUCAAGCCAUGGAAGUUCGAACAAUCUGUGUUCGGCAGCACGGCUAACUUUAACUGGUUUCUUCAUGAUGGGGUUAAUGGAAGGGAAGUCUCUUCUUCCAAGCCUUCAAAGCUCGCACUGCUCCAACCGAAAGCAUGGUUUCGAGAUCGUUACUCGAGCGCUUAUAGGCCCUUCACCAAACAAGGUGGCGUAAUUUUUGCUAGAGACGAGUAUGGAGAAGGUUUGAGAUGGAGAAUUUGUCAAAGUGAGAUAGGGAAAAAUAUGGAGUUCGAAAUCAUAGGCCAAAUUUGGCUAACCUAUUGGCCUAACAAGCAAAGAACAUUUCAUAGUGAGACUAAGAAGUUAGAGUUCAAGGAGCUCCUUUAUCUUUCACUUGCUGAGGCAUAGUAUACUAGCAUCAUGUAUAAAUUUAGCUGCUUUGUGCUUGCAUUAUCAAGUAGUUUUAUUGAAAUCAGUAUAUUAUAUGAUCACAUAUGUAUCUCUUAAGUUAA